CCCCAACUCACCCUGCCCGGCCGGGCCGCAGCGUCUACAACCUGGGGAGACUACGCCUGCGCGCCCGUCUGGCGCCCGGGAGAGGUUUUAAAGCAGUAAUUACACCUUGCGGCACUACCUGGUUCGGCCGGUGCCUGGCUGGAGGGCGCCGGAGAGCCUGGAGCAGCGCGCCCGGAGGCGGGAGCAGGAGGAGGAAGAGGAGGGGGAGGUGGUCAGUAGCGCGGCGGCCGCCAGUCCGCAAUGGUGCCACCCUGGUUGCUGCUCGGGACUGAGCGCAGGGCUGUCCUCGGGUCCGCGAAGGCAGCGCUCUGCGUGGAUGAGGUAGGUGAAGCUCUACAGAUGAACCCAAGAGACUUCAAAGAGAAGUACAAUGAAGUAAAGCCCUCCAAAUCUGACCACCUAGUGUUUUCUUGUUUAGCCGGAGUGAGAAGGCAGGCGGCCCUGGACACAGCAGUAUCUCUGGGCUUUCACAGAAGCCGAGAAAUCCCACAACCUGCCAUCUUCAAGCUGGAGAUCCAGAAAAGCCAGUUGUGUAUUUCCAGUUCAAGCCCGAGGACUUGACAACCAGGAGCACUGAUGUCCAAGGGCAGGAGGAGAUGGAUGUCCAGACUCCAGAAAAGAGAGUGAAUUGACCCUUCCUCUGUCUUUUUGUUCUGUUUAAUCAUGCAACAGUUUGGAUGAUGCCCACCACAUUGAUGAGGGCUAUCUUCUUUACUCAGUAGACUGAUUCAAAUCUCUUCCUACUAUGUCCUUUUUCUCUUCCAGGAGAAAAAACUUCAUAGCCUCACUUAGCGAUAAUGUUCUACCAGUUACCUGGGCAUGCUUAGCCUAGUCAAGUUGACUCCUAAAACUAACCAUCCAUAACAAACAAACAGUAUAGUACUUUAACCCAAAUAAUGAAACAAAUAUACCUGGAUCUAUGCUGACAUACAUAUGUAAAUAUAUGAUUAAGUAAAUAAAUAAAUAGGUAAAAGAUAAAUCUUCCUUACUAAAGAAUUCCAAAUAAUACAUGCAGAUAGUUUCCCCUCCAGAGAUGUAACUUAAAGCUUCACCCCUUCAGUAUGGGCUGAAUUUAGUGUCUUGCUUCCAAACAAUAGAUUAUGUAAAGGGAAAAAAUAGUAACUUUACAGCAGAGACCCCUGGCAUACACUACCUGAACAAAGCGAUCAGGGUUAGCAUCAACAGUGAUAAGUCAUGUUGGUAGUAUGUAUUCCUGACAUGACUGAUAAGAAGAGAACUUUACCUUUACCUCUGUGGUAUUCGUCUUAAAAGUCUGUAACCCUAUAACUAGUCAUGAGAAAAAAAAAACAUCAUGAGACAAACCCAAAUUUAAGGACAUUAUACAAAACAUCUGACCAGCACUAUUCAAAAAUAUCCAGGUCAUCAAAAACAAGUAAAGACUGAGAAACUGUCACAGACCAGAGGAGAAUAAGGAGACUUAAUGGCUAAUUGUAAUGUGGUAUCCUGCAUGGGAUCCUGGAACAGAAAAAAGACGUAGUAGGAAAAAUUGGUGAAAUUUGAAUUAACUGUGAAAAUUGAUUAAUAGUCAUGAACCAAUAACACUCUCUCAAUUUUAACAAAUGUGCCACAGUUAUGUUAAGAUGUUAAUAUUAGAGGAAACUGGGUAAAAGACAUACAGGCAC